AUGUCGUUCAUCAAUACUGUUGUUAAUUUAAACAAUCCAGAAGACUUUUUGGAGGAAACACCAACAGUUGAAAAUUUAUAUCGAAAUUUAUCAAACAAUUCGUCAGAUUCUGAGAGUUCUACUACAUGUUUUAAGGACCAGGAAGUUUGUGUGAUCGUUCAUAAUACACAAGAAAGAAAGCGUGAACCACAGCUUUUAUCUUCACAUCAAAAUCUUAUUACUGGAUUAAGUGUAUCUAAGCAGGAAAAACUUCCUGAAGAUGAUAUUGAGAGCUUCAUACCUAUACCUUUACCAUCAGUUUCUUUUUUAUCAGCCUAUCAACAAACUGAAAGCGAGUUUGAUUGUUUUCCUUUAAAUUCAGAUUACACUGAUACACCGCUAAGUAGUCCGACAAAUGUAAAGAAAAAAAAAACAAAAAAAGAAAGA